AUGAUCACCAUCUUCAAAGGAGAAAACGAUGGCUCACAGCCCUACAGUGACUUGUCCAAGCCCAUGAACCUUACGUUGUCUGAACAGCGGGCAGCAUCGCCGCCACGAAGACUCCAAAAGUCAAAGACUCCAAAGUCAAAGACUCAAAGACUCCACCGCUCGCUCGGCACGUGGGAGCUACAGAAGGGCAGAGAAUCAGUGCGUGUCUGUGGAGAGGACAAAAACUGCCUGGCCCAAGGAUCAUCCAGUUAUGUUACAAUUCGAAAACAGGGGAAGGCCGCUGCUCGAAGAGCAGUUGGUACUGCUGAUAAGAGCCAACAUGGACGGACAGGACAGCAGACAGGAAAAUGGCAGACGACGGUCGGCGCAAUCCAGGAGAGCCCCCGGGGGCUCCAGGGUAUCUUUUGCCCCCGCCCGCGUCCUCGCCCCGGCGCCCGCGGCCGCCUCGACUUACCGGCAGAGUCCGGGGAGGGAGUGGGAGCGCCGCCUUCACGCCCGCGGAGGAGGCGCCGGCAGCACCAUGGUCCCCGGCGCCGCUGCCGCUGCCCCUUGCCCGCUUGCUCUCCGUGCGCUCUCUUCCUCUUGCAAACUUUCGGGUUCUGCGGUCGACAAGAAACCGGGGCGACCCUCAGCAAGUCCUCCUGGCUCAGCGAUCGCCCAGAGCGCAAAGCCAGGCGCGAAGGGGCCGAGGGGAAGAAGAUCUCGCCUCCCCGCCGCUGCCGCCGCCCCCCACCCUCAUUUGACUUAUGGAAAUGGACCCAAGCUUGCGGCCGCCGCCGCCGGAGGCCCCCGCCCCCAACCCCCGCGCCGGCCAUGGCGGAAACAAGGCAGGAGGCAGCUUGGGAAAAAGUGGAGCAGAAAUGGAAAAAUACAAACUCACCCGCUGCAAAUGGUCUCUCGGUGCAAACUAAGGUGUUUUCGGGCCUUUCCCCGCGCGCGCCCACUCCCGCCCGCGCGCGCACCCCCGCGCACACACUCACUCGCGCACACACGCGCGCACACACGCACUCCCGGACGAGGGCCGGGCCGCCGCGAGUACAGCAUGCAACCGCCACACAAUAA